AUGGACAGUUUCAUUGAAGACAAAGUGUGGCUAGGCUUUGACUUGAGUACACAACAGCUCAAGUCGAUCGCCAUCAACGAGAACCUGGAAGUGGUUUGCGAGGCAAGUGUUCAGUUUGACAGUGACCUGCCCGAGUUUCGAACCACCGGCGGAGUGCAUCGUCAUGAGGACAAUCAGACCGCCACUGCACCGGUGUUGAUGUGGGUGAAGGCACUGGAGCUGAUACUGGACCGACUGCGCGUCAACGGCCUCGACUUCAGCCAGGUGGUGGGCAUCUCCGGCUCUGGUCAGCAGCACGGCAGCGUCUACUGGAAGCGAGGGGCCCGGGCGGUGUUGCAAUCGCUGCAGGGUGGCAAGUUUCUGCAUGAGCAGCUCUCGCAGUGUUUUGCCCUCGGCGAGUCGCCCAUCUGGAUGGACUCCAGCACCAGCAGAGAGUGCCGCCAGCUGGAGGCACACCUCGGUGGCGCCCAGCACCUGGCGGAGGUCACCGGCUCGAGGGCUUACGAACGCUUCACCGCUAGUCAGAUCGCCAAGAUCGCCCACACCAAGGCUGAAGUGUACAGCAGCACUGAGCGCAUCAGUCUGGUAAGCAGCUUCCUCGCCUCCCUCUUCAUCGGCGACUACGCGCCUAUCGACCUCUCUGAUGGCUCUGGCAUGAACCUGUUGGACAUCAAGGAGAAACGCUGGUCGUCAGAGUGUCUGCAGUUUUGUGGAACAGAGCUAGAGGCGAAACUGGGCUCAGAGGUGGUGCCCUCCAGUCAGGUGAUCGGUCCGCUGAGUGAGUACUUUGUGGAGCGAUACGGCUUCCACAAGGACUGCUACGUGGUGGCAUUCACCGGCGACAAUCCCGCCUCACUGGCAGGCAUGUGUCUCGGGCCAAACGAUGUAGCCAUCAGUCUGGGGACCAGUGACACAGCCUUCCUCUCGCUCAGUACUCCGAAACCGGCACUUGACGGGCACAUCUUCUGCAAUCCCAUUAAUGAGGAGCACUUUAUGGGACUGAUCUGCUUCAAAAACGGAUCGCUGACACGUGAACGAAUUCGCAAUACUUGCGCCGAUGCCAGCUGGGACAUCUUCAAUCAGCUGCUCGAGUCGACCCCUCGAGGUGCCUUUGGCAACAUUGGCUUCUACCUCGACCUGCCGGAAAUAUAUCCCGUCGUUUCGGGUGACUUUCGCUACAACCGCUUCGACAAUGAGGUAACUUCAUUCGCUGCUGAGGUGGAAAUUCGCGCCUGUGUAGAGAGUCAGUUCCUUCGACUGCGCAUCCAUGCAGAGAACCUUGGCUUCAAGAGAAGCAACAGCACUCGAGUUCUGGCCACUGGAGGUGCAUCGGCCAAUCAUUCCAUCAUUGCUGUGCUCGCUGAUGUCUUCAAUGCACCCGUCUACACCUACUCCAUUCCCAAUUCAGCAGUGCUCGGAUCGGCACUGCUAGCGAAAUAUGCCAAAGAAAAGGAAACCACCUCUUACUAUGACAUGGUACUCAAACUAAACGCAAACUUUAAGCUGGUUACAAAACCGUCACCGGAUGCUGGCGAAAUCUACGACUCACUAGCGGAAAGAUACCGCAAACUUGAAGACAAGUUAGAAAGCAAAGCAAAUGGUGAUUAG